AUGUUUAAAAAGACUAGACUUAAGAGAUUGACCACUGAUUAUGAAAAUCUUAUUAUGCAUGAUGAUGAAUCUAUCACUGAUUUUUAUGGUCUGUUGUGUGAUAUCACGAAUGAAUGUUUUGCCUUGGGUAAGAUUUAUACUGAUGCUGAACUUGUCAGGAAGGUACUGUGUUCCCUACUUAUGAAGUUCAUGUCCAAAGCAACCUCUAUUGAAGAGUGUCGAAAUUUGGAUGAGAUGCAGCUGGACGAACUCAUUGGGUCCUUACAAACAUUCAAACUCAAUCUUAAACGGUGGGAGAAGAAACCAGGAAAGGGAUUAGCACUGAAGCAUGAGGUAAUAUCUGAACCUUCUAGUUGUGUUGCUUCUAGUGAUGAGUGUGCGAACACUCUAAAGAAAAAGGGAAAAGCCAUGGCUGCCACACUAAGUGAAAGUGAUGACAGUGAGAGUGGAGGUGAUGACAUAAAUGAGGAUGACCACUUUUUGGCUUUUACGAAUAACCAAGAGGACAGUAGGAGUGUGUCCUCGGAUGACUCAAACUAUGUCUAUAAAAAUCAGCCAGAGGCUUAUGACAAGAUGCAUGAGUCAUGGUUGAAAGCCAUCAAAAAGAUCAAAUCACUUGAAUAUGAAAAUUGCCCCUUAACGGAAGAUAAGAAAAUGUUGACUGAUAAAUUGAAUGCAGGUUCAUAUAAACUUGAUGAAGUUCUCGGCCAAGGAAAGUCUUUUGGUGACAAAACUAGUUUGAGAUUUUCCCCGGGUGCGAGCACUUCCGAACCUGGUGUGACCACCUUCAUCAAGUCUAGUACCAAUUGUUUAGUUGCUCAUACAUCAUUGCUUGCAUUUCAAAAUGACCAAUGGUACUUUGACAAUGGGUGUUCAAGGCACAUGAAAAGUAACAAAAGUUUGUUGACUAAUCUUGAAUUUGCAGAGGCUGGUCAUGUGACCUAUGGUGAUGGAAAAAGAGGUAAAAUCCUUGGCAAAGGGUCUCUAGCCAUUCCUGUUCUGAAUGAUGUUUUCUAUGUUGAAGGUCUUAAAGCUAAUCUUAUAAGCAUCACUCAAAUCUGUGAUAAGGGUUGUGUUGUAAAAUUUUCAAAAAAUUUGUGUCAAGUUUUAAAUGAUGAUGGUACUUCAAUGCUUGAAGGGAAGAGAUCAAAUGAUAAUUGCUACUUAUUGACUAAAAAAAUUUCUUGUUUAAGUUCGAAGUCAGAUUGUGUUGAUAUUUGGCACAAGAAGCUUGGACACAUGAAUUACAAAGACCUUGUGAAACUUUCCAAGAAAGAUGUUGUGAAAGGUUUACCUAAACUUGUGUUUCAAAAAGGUAAAGUUUGUGGCCUGUGCCAACAAGAAGAUUUCUCACAGUUUUCUCAUGAAGAUGAUAUUGAUGACUUAAUGUCUCCUACUGAGGUGACCACCACCCAAGAGAAUGUACCCACUCCGAGUUCAUCUAAAGAUGUGACCACUUUGAAAUCUGAUAUGAACACCUCUACAGCCCAACAAGGAUCUCUUUCGGAGAGACAAGGACUUGAAUUGAUUGUUGAUUUGUUUGAAGAAAUCACUUAA